AUGCCGUACGCCUGGGACGUCUAUGCCCAAGAACUUCUCCCUCUGGGUCAUGGCUACCCUCUCUGGGACCCGAGGCCCGACGAGACAGCAGGCGAGAUCGAGAUCGGCGACGUCGGGUACAUCGAGGACGGCCGUUUCAGGCGCCUCUUCAACCCGACGCUCCCGCGGGACGACCCCGCAAACUGCGCGUGGGGCGUCCCGAAGGACUUCCGGCCGCUUGAGAUCGGCAACCUCAUCACGGAGGAGCAGCGUACACUUGGCGAUGAUAUCCUGUCUUGCAGGCAUGUGACGCAUGCGGAGGUCAACGCGAAGGUGGAAGUGGAGUCAGCGGCGGAUCUAGCCCUGAAUUACGACCGCGACCGCGUCCUCCGGUGCACUCCUUCCACCAUCAUGCACGACUACCUUCUGAAGAACUACAAGGCAUGGCAUCACUACCUGCACCACCAGCAGAAGCUCAAGCUCUCGAAGAAGGAUCUUGUUUUUGUCCACGGCUACACCAAGACGGCGAAGUGGGCCGGCAGCGCGUUCCAGAAUACGAGCAAGGAGGAGAGCGCGAAGAUCGGAGGAGGGCACGGCCCCGCGCAGACGUCAUUCUCGAUCGACCUGUCCAUGAAGGAGUCGUUGGGAGGAUGGACGAACGUCGGGUUGGAUGGGAAGACGGAGAAGAUGGACCAGUGCAUUUUCGUGCAGCACUACCAGUACACGACUCGCGAUGGCUUUAAACAGUGGCUCCUGAGGCACAAAACAUCGUUCGAGAACAUAAUCGGGAAAUCGCCGAAGCAACGGUCACACGAUUGUGACGAGGACGAGGAGGACCAGCACAUAGACAAGAAGCGACGGAUCGAUGCACCCAAGCGCGAAUCCGAGGACAGCAAUACCUUGUUACGUCUCAAGGGUCGGUUUGCAGAAGGCAUCUUCCGUAACGGUUCUAAGAUCGACAUUGCUGUGAUGGACACCGAAGAUCUAGCAAAGUUACUCGAAGAGAAGGUCACUAAACUAGAGUCAGAGCAUGUCGCGGCCCCGCUGGCCGCUCUUGUAGAGAGAGAAAUGGAGACGACAUCCAGUAAAAAGGCGGAGUCGGGAGAUGAGAGCUCAUCCGAGGGUAGCUCUGAUGCGAGCAAGAGUUCCCCAUCCUCGUCUGAGAUCCCGGCAAAGGGAAAGGGGACAUCGAGUACCCCACCGCCGCCGACGCCAGAUGCGGCGCUCAAGGACUCCAACCCGACCACCGAAAAGCGCUCGACCGAAGCAGAUGCACAUCCUGUACAGACUCGGAAGAAACCACGGGAGAUCUAG